CCCUUGCUUCCUCUCUUCUUUCUUUCAUUCAUCAUCUUUCUUCUAUCACUCAUCAUCAUGGAUUUGAUAAACAGUGUGCUCAACUUGUUUGUCCCUCCUGCCAGUUUGAUCACGCUGGCUUUCUCAUGGCCUGCACUCUGUUUCCUCCAUGCCUGCGAGUGGCUCUACAACACCGUCUACGGUGACAACAUGGAUGGCAAGGUCGUCAUCAUCACCGGUGCUUCUUCCGGCAUCGGAGAGCAAAUAGCAUAUGAGUAUGCAUUGAGGAGAGCAUGUUUAGUGCUGGUGGCACGAAGAGAGCACAGAUUAAGAGGGAUUGCGGAGAACGCCAGAAGAAUGGGCGCAAGGCAUGUCAUGAUUGUCGCAGCUGAUGUUGUUAAAGAAGAUGAGUGCCGCCGAUUUGUCAAUGAAACCAUCAAUUUCUAUGGCCGUGUUGAUCAUCUUGUAAAUACAGUAAGUUUGGGACACACAUUCUACUUUGAGGAAGUUACAGACACAUCAGUUUUCCCUGUUCUCUUGGAUAUUAAUUUCUGGGGGAAUAUUUAUCCAACACUUGUGGCUCUUCCUUACCUUCAUCGAACCAACGGUCGCGUGAUUAUCAAUGCAUCGGUUGAGAGUUGGUUACCUUUGCCAAGGAUGAGUUUAUAUGCUGCUGCAAAGGCAGCAUUAGUGAACUUCUAUGAGACUCUCAGAUUUGAAUUGAGAGAUGAAGUUGGAGUAACCAUAGCAACUCAUGGUUGGAUUGGAAGUGAGAUGACAAGUGGCAAGUUCAUGCUAGAGGAAGGCGCCGAGAUGCAGUGGAAAGAAGAAAGAGAGAUGAAUGUGAUAGGCGGACCGGUAGAGGAGUUUGCGCGGUUGAUGGUGGCGGGGGCAUGUAGAGGAGAUGCAUAUGUGAAGUAUCCAAGUUGGUAUGAUGUGUUUCUACUAUACAGGGUGUUUGCUCCAAAUGUUCUAAACUGGGCAUUUAGGCUCUUGAUUGCACCACAAGGCACCAAAAGGACUUCAUCCUAUGUAGGCACCGGCAGAUCCCUUGAGGGAAGGCCCAUGUUGGAGGCACCAUCCCCGAGAACCGCCCUCCUCGCUCCCUAUAGCUUCUCCGGCGGCGGCCAGUUGAGUUAAAAUGGAUUCAAUCAAAGGGAUCCCAUCCCCUCCAAGCAAUGAAGGAAGCAAGGAAGCUGUGGUUUAACUUGUAUUCUUGAAUUCUUGUUGGAAGCUUGUUUUUGUGGACCUAUUAUUAUGUCAUGUAGUCUCAGACCUAUCAUCUCUUUAUGUGAAACUACGAAAAUAAAUCUCUCUGGUAAUGCAUCUGUCGUAUGAAUCAAAUAUCUUGAGAACACUAUCUCACCGAAAUUGAAUUUCCUGCCUUAGAGACUUAAAAUGCGGAGAGCUUUUCAUGAAACUGGCCACCAAAUCUGUCAUUACCUAUAUAUUUGUAUAAAUAUACAUAUUUUGUUUAAUUUAUUUUUAAUAUAUAUUUUAUAUGAAUAGUUGAUUUUGUGUGUGUAUAUUUUUGUGUACAUUUAAGAUGAAUUAAUAAUUAUAAAGCUAAUAAAAUUUAUUACAAAAAAUGUUUGAUUUGCAACAAAGAUGGCCCUUUUUAAAAUUUUCAGUGCUGCUAAAAAAUAGAUUAUAUGAUCUGACUUGGGAAGUUUAAACUUCAAAGUGAAGAAGUUUUUAAUGGAAAGCAAGAGUUUUUAUUUG